UGGUGUGCAUUUAUGGCGCUCUUGUAUACGAAUAAUUUUUUACAAAAUUCUGGAAAUUGAGUGAGAGGCUUAUGUAUGUUAUAGAAUAGAAACAGUUAAGUGAGUUUUCGUCUUUUUGUGUAGGUCUCUGUUUUCUUAAACUAUUUAAAGGCACUCAGAAGGAUGGAUGCAGUUCCAGGUCGAAAGGCACCCAUGGCAUCAGGAUCGGCGCCUGACCUCAUGUACUGCCAGCCAUGCGCGGAGGACGGCAAUAAAAUCCUCCCCGAUGCCUUCUGUCCCGUUUGCAAGGAGUUCCUGUGUUCUACCUGCGCCCGUGUACACAGGAACCAGAAAAUAACCAAAAGUCACGCCCUCCAGGACAAGACAAGUAUGCCUUCCUCAUUCUGCGCAGAGAGUGAAGAUGAGAAGUUUUCAGUCACAUGUCAACACCAUUCUAAGGAGUUUAUAAAAUACUACUGUCCACGUCACGAUGCACUUUUGUGUGGAGACUGUGUAAUUGAGAAUGAAAACCAUCGCUCUUGUAUGGUAGAAAAGAUUCUGCAAGUGGCAAAACGAUACCAGGAAGGUGAAGAAUACAUCAGUCUGAAAACAGGACUUGGCCAGAUGGUCAGAGACAUUGAAAACUAUAUAUUGUACAUACAGGUGCGCAUGAAGUCAGUUGAUGAAGAAAAUCUCACCAAUAUCAAUGAGUUUCGGAAAUUCCGGAAUGAAAUUAACCAGUACCUGGAUAAAAGAGAAAAUGAACUCUUGGCAGAAAUUGAUCAGACGAAGCGGACAUCCAAGACAUUCCUGAAUGAACUAAAAACAAAAUACACAAACAUAAAAUCAGCCACUGAGAAACUACAGUCGGAUCUACACGCACAUGAAGCCAAUAGCAACCAGUUGUUAAUAGUAGGAAAACGAGCUAUCAAAGAGUUGGAGGAUCUCCAGACAGCCCUGGAAAAGGUCAGCAUGAGUAAGGACGUUUCCAGGUACACGUUCGACAGGGACCCCGCAACAGAGCGGUUGCUAGCUUCUGAAACAGCGAUAGGUAGGUUAAAAGAAGGAGAAUCAACUACAACGUUAGGGCAGCAGCAACAAAAACAGGAGAAAAAGCAACAAGAACAACGAAAACAACAGGAGUCAAAGCAGCAACAACACAAACCUACACAAGCUCCAUCACACAAAGUUAACUUCCAGAGUAGUGUAGACCUAAGCCAGUCCCAGUUCAGCAGACAGCCUGACAUUCCAAUGAAGACAUCAGGUGAUACCCGUAACUGCUUUCUGUCCAGUGUGGCCUGCUUGUCCGGGAACAGGAUCCUUCUAGCUGAUUACAACAACCAAUCAGUGAAACUGAUACUAAGACCAACAUGGUGUUGUCCGAGGUUGCUCUGUCAGGUAGACCAUGGGACUUGUGUCAACUGCCCGGUGACAGGGCAGCCGUCACUCUGACUUCAAAUGGGAUGAUACAGUUCCUGUCAACGAA